UGUUAGUGGGCAUUUUAUACGCUUCAUUUUUAAAAAGAAAAACAAACUAGCCGUUAGUUUGCCCGACGAGCCCGAGGCGGGCCGGGUUGGUGGGCUGAAAACCCCUGCCCAGCCCUGAAGGGUCAAUGGGACGGGCGGCGGGCCGUUCCGGACUAACGCCAUAAACCCUAACCUCCGACACCUCUCUAUAUAUGACGACAGGAUAGAAAGGGAUUGUCAGAAGUUUCAAAGAGCAAGACUUGGUGCCCUAAUCAGCUCGAGAGAUUCAAUUUGUCACUGUUUCGGCAUGGCAGCAAAGAUCACAGCUGCUGUAGUUGGAUCAUUUGUAAUUGCAUAUGCAGUUGACCGAGUUAUUGCAGACGAGAAGCUAUUUGGAGGCACCACCCCAAAAACUGUUUCUGACGAAUGGUGGGAAGAGACUCAGAAGAAAUUCCAGGCAUGGCCUCGAACUGCCGGGCCACCAGUGGCCAUGAAUCCCAUUAGUCGACAGAAUUUUAUUGUCAAGGCACGCACAGAAGCUUGAAGAGCAGUUUGAUCCUGUUCGCUGUUGGUUUCAUUUCUUUUACUAUUCCCAUUCAUGUGUUUAAUACCAAAUAAUGUGUACUGGCUGAGACUUGAUACUUAGAAGAUACGGCCAGUCUUAGUUCAGAUGAUGAAUUAUACAUCUGUGCUAGUCUUAUUUGUGUAGCGCUUUCUUGGCAUGCAUUCUGUUUGGUUGUUCUCUUAAGGAAGUUUCAAUCAUGAUAUUCGUGGAAAAUGGAAUUACAGAGGGAAAAAAUAAAUAAAUAUUAAAGAAUUGGGAAGUAUCAUCAUUGAAACAAAUAACGUGAAUCUCCAAUAUUAUCAUGUUCUAUUACAUAUGAAUAAUUUUGGGAAAAAAUGAAAAAGAAAAUGCCUCCAAUAAACUUUUUUUUUU